CUCAAAGACGACUGCGCAUCUUUCUGCGCAUCGGAAUAAAAGAAGAUAGAACACAGAUAGAAAAGUCGGCCAUUUUGACCUAUGCUUUGACAUUAAUGAAAUAUAAUUUACAGAUGACUGUAAUAAGUCCUGCGUUAUUGACAUUUGACAAUGUGAUUUGACAAAUGGUAAAGAGGUUUUGUGGGUUUUGUUUAUAAAUAUGUUGAUUGUGGUUUUCAAUUGGCUUUGUGUAGGUAUUUUAACGUAUUUUUUCGAAGUUGAAUUAUAAAGUGUGUGUAUAUUAUUUUGAAAACAUUAUUCUGAGGAGCUCGACACCUAAAUUCAUAACAAUGUCUUGUUUUGUACGAAAUUGUAAAAACAUCAAGAGACUAAUGCCUGUGGAUUCUCAAAUUACUUUUCAUCGAUUUCCCAAGGAUGAUGUUAGAUUUCGAGAGUGGCUGUGUAGUAUUGACUUGGGAUGGAAUUUGAACAACAUAAAGUGGUCUGAAAACAUGUUCAUAUGUUCUGAACAUUUUAAUGAACAGGAUUUUUAAAAAAAAAUACCAAGGGCUGUAUUAAAAAAAUCAGCAGUGCCACAUUUAGGCACAAUUCGUCCAUCAGAUUUGGUUGAGAAUAUAAUAAGUGGUCAGGGAAGUGAUCAGAUUCCAAAUGAUAUUCCAUCAUGUUCCAAAUUGUUUACACCUGCUUCUUCUGAGAUGGGUCUCUCCAACACAAUAAUUGAACAAACAGAAAGUCCAG